UCGGACCAACCAACGUUAGUAGAAUUCGGGCAGCCAUGAAGAUUGUAUUUAUAAUACUAAGCCUUGCGGCUAUCUGCCAGAUGGGUUGGUCACGUGAAGCUGCUAACAAAGACGAAUGCAAUGACAAAGAGAUUUUCCUGGGUUGCGGCCAAUGCUGCGAGGAUACAUGUGCUGCCAAGUGCGCCAACAGGUGUAUGCGUUGCGUAAAGGGCUGCUACUGCCGGCCAGGAUACACCCGUAUUCAAGAACUGGGAGCUUGUAUCCCGUGGGACGAGUGUCCAAAGUAGAACGAGGACGGGUUGAACCUUUUCCAUAUACCCGAUUGAUCGACGAUGGAAUUAUUUAACAUUAUUUCGCAUGAUUAGAGUUCAAUAAAAUUAUUCUCAGUUCUUGGCUAACCAAAAUGCAUAACCUGUUACUAUACCUAGGGUUCGUCGCGGUGCGGAUGUGGGCGGUAAAUGGAUUGUCCGCACCGCAACCGCAAAAAAAUAAUAAAGCCGCACCGCUUACCGCAACCGCACUUUAUUUACCGCACCGCACUGCGCGGUAAUGCGGUAAAUGCGGUAAAAUAUUUCUAUCUUUAAAACUAGUGUUGAAAAAUUGUACAUUUGUGUAACCAUAUAUAAUAAAAUGUUAUUCUUAUUCACACGAAAUUUAACUUUAAGAGACUCCUCAGAAUUUAACGUUUAUGAAAAAAAUCCACUUUUACAUUUUCUAUUAAUAAAAUUCCGUAGAUUUUAAGGCAAACAUUAUACAUUCAAAAACGUCCUACUGCAGAAAUA